AGUGACAUUGAUAAAGGAUGGACGUCGGUAGCCGAGCAAUUUGACGUUCAGGCCACUAUUCACAGUAAUCUCGGUUCAGCUCUUACCGAUGAUGUCGUUCAGCCGUUGCGAUCAAUACAGCUCACUGAGGCUAAAACCAUUCGAGCGGCCGCACUGUUCGUAGAACGAGAAACGCGCAAAUUGAAAGAUGCCAGGGAUGCUACAAUAAGAAAGAAGCGAUUACUGUAUGAGAGCAGCAAACAGUUGGAGAAACUGGAACAAUCACUUGAUCAACAGAAUAAUGGCGAAAGAGUGUCGUUGAAAAAGAAGCGUCUUGAGGAUCAGGUAAAGAAGCAAGAGGAAGCCUACGUCUGGGAUACUGUCGACUUGGAAAAACAGCGGCGUGUCACGGAAGGCGUUCUACGGAAAGGUGUUGAAAGUCUCGAAGCGGUUGAACGGCAGCGCUUGGCUCAUUGCCAGACGGCGCUGGGACGUUAUCAGCGGAAAAUCGAACAACUCGGACCGAAUUUGCAACAGAUGUUUGACCGGCAUACGAAUAACCUUGAUAUGGCUGUGCAGGCUACGGCUGCCGACUACAUCGCAGGAAUUCAACCAUCAACAGCUGCUGUGAAUCACAUCAUCCUCACAGAUGUUUAUGCCGAAAACUUUGGUGAAGUAAUGUGUGGUUCACGACGACGAGCGGCUCUGAUGCGUAUUUCAAACAUGCUGGACGGUGAACUGCAGCGGAUCAAUAGCAACAGCAUGGUUACGACCCUGGUAGAAUUCCUGGAGUACUUGUUCUACAAAAUUAAUGACGCAAUCAAUGCAUUGGAUGGCGGCCAACAUCGUGGUUACCAUCGACUGGUUCGGUUCCAGCAUAAGACAAAAGAUAAAGCGGGUUUACCAACUACGGUGCUCACGAUUCCUCUAGCCGGUGAGGAUCAAUCCCUUCCGCCACCGUCGAUCGCCUCCAAUACUGGCGCCUACUCGGUGUCGGUCACGUCCCCGCGGUCCAGUUGUGAAGAGUAUGAGGAGUAUGAUAAAAUUUCCGAUGAAGGCUUCUAUAAUUCGUCAUCACGUCAAACUACCGUAAUCGAUGAACCUGCGACUCAUUCGACACUCUGCAGGGUACUGUAUGACUUUGAACCGAAACACGAUGAUGAGAUCCAAGUUCGUGCUGGUGAAUGUGUGGUAGUUGAAGAUCGACUAGGAGAUGAUUGGCUGAUAGGACAUGUGAUAUCAGAACAAGGAGCAGAUUAUAAAACUGGACGAUUUCCUACGUCUUAUGUAAGACAGGGAGUGGGGUGA